AAAACUCUCAUUUACAUAAGCGUCAUCCUCAGCGGCUGCUUUCAUUGGUUCCGAAAAGCACAUUGCUGACAUUACAACCAAUCAUCUUAGCAAUACAAGCAGCAUAGCUUCUCGCAUAGUGGUAGAAAGGUAGCGUGGGGCUUGACUAUAGGAAAUACUGUCGAAGGGUACUGUCUGAUUGAGCUAUCAAAAUGGGAAGGAAAGAUGGAAAACCAAGAGGUCGCAUGUCAUCCUAUGCAUUCUUUGUGCAGACAUGCCGCGAGGAGCACAAGAAAAAAUGUCCCGACGAAAAUGUUGUUUUUGCUGAGUUUACCAAAAAGUGUGCUCAGAAGUGGAAGGAAAUGAGUGCAAAGGAAAAGCGGCGGUUUGAGGAAAUGGCAGAGAGGGACAAAUCUAGGUAUGAGAAAGAAAUGUCCAACUAUGAUCCACCGGCCGGGAGCUCAACAGGCAAGAGGAAAAAGCGAUCCAAAGAUCCAAGUGCACCCAAAAGAGCUUUGUCUGCCUUCUUCUUCUUUUGCGCUGAUGAACGCCCCGAUGUGAGAUCUAUACAUCCUGAGUGGUCUGUAGCUGAAGUUGCUAAGGAACUGGGAAAGCGUUGGGAAAAAAUAACAAACAAAUCUAAGUUUGAGGCCCAAGCUGAGGCGGACAAGGCCAGAUAUGCAAAGGAAAUGGAGGUGUAUAGAAGUGGGGGAUCUGUGGUGAAAGCCGCCCCCCCUGCUAAGAAACCGAAGCCUCAACCAAAGGAAAGUGAUGAAGAUGAAGAGGACGAUGAUGAGGAUGAAGAUGACGAGUAAUCAGUCAACACUAGAGAUGUAAGCUGGCCAGAGCCAUUGUCUCACUUCGGAACAAAUGAAGCCUUUUACUUGUACAUAGACAAAGGUCUUUUAUGAAAAGUGCAUUGGGUUAUGAUUUUUCCCCUCCCCUUUUUUGUUAGGUAUAUCUGGCUGUGCUCUAAUACAGGAUAUGUUCUGUGUUUAGGAAAAAUCAUGGCAGAAUUUACUUUAAUGUUGUUAGAGGUAUGAGAUUUUGACCAUAUUUGCACUAUGUGUUAAUAUGGCUUAGUGCAUCAUGACAUUAUUAUAAUUAAAAAAAUCAAAACUAGAGUUGAUACAUUUUUUGUUUCCAUAGAAUGGCUCUACAGGAUCUCAUGAAUUCAUUAAAUUUCUCAUUAUGUUUUGUGUCCUUUAAACCAUAGAAUUAAAAUGGAAACUGAAUCAUCACUAUUGUUCAAACUUUUUUUUUGAAGUUGUAUAAAUUAGAAGAAUAUUUAUAUUUCUUACAUUGUUCUGUUUAAUAUUAUUUUUUAAUAUUGUAAAUUAAUUGCAAUAAAUAUAUGUAUAUCUUUUA